CUCUCUCUCGGUGUCUAAACCUAAACCCUACUGGCAUCUCUUUCUCUCUCCAGAAAUUCCAGUUUGGCGAGGGUUUAAAUUCGGAUCAUCCGCGAUAAUCGGGGUUUUUGGAUAAUACAGUGUCUUGAUUUCGAGUUUUGAUCGGCCAUGGAUCUUCCUAGCCUCGCUGUUGUUCUUCAGGCCGCUCUAAGCCCCAAUCCCAGUGAACGGAAAGCCGCCGAGCAGAGCCUCAAUCAGUUUCAGUACACGCCACAGCAUUUGGUGAGAUUGUUGCAGAUAAUAGUAGAUAAUAAUUGCGAUUUGUCGGUAAGACAAGUGGCCAGUAUUCAUUUCAAGAAUUUCAUUGCGAAGAACUGGUCGCCGCAUGAGCCAGAUGAGCAGCAGAAGAUUUUGGAGGAGGAUAAAAACUUGGUGAGGCAUCACAUUCUCGAGUUUGUCGCGAAAGUUCCGCCAUUGUUAAGAGUUCAACUGGGUGAGUGCUUGAAGACGAUUAUCCAUGCUGAUUACCCUGAGCAGUGGCCGCACCUUCUGGACUGGGUGAAGGUUAACUUAUCACAAGACGACCCACAAGUUUAUGCGGCUUUAUUUGUAUUGCGAAUUCUUUCUAGAAAAUAUGAGUUCAAAUCCGAUGAGGAAAGGGUACCAGUUCAUCGUAUUGUUGAUGAAAUAUUUCCUAGUCUGCUCAAUAUAUUCAACAAGCUUGUCCAGAUUGCAAACCCACCGGUGGAUGUGGCAGAUUAUAUCAAGCUUAUCUGUAAAAUAUUCUGGUCAUCCAUAUAUUUGGAGAUUCCAAAGCAGCUAUUUGAUCCGAAUGCAUUCAAUGCAUGGAUGGUUUUGUUCUUAAAUAUUUUGGAGAGACCUGUCCCUUUGGAAGGCCAGCCUGUAGACCCCGAGGUUAGAAAAACAUGGGGAUGGUGGAAAGUGAAGAAAUGGACCGUUCACAUUUUAAACAGGCUGUACACAAGGUUUGGAGAUUUGAAACUUCACAAUCCAGAGAACAGAGCUUUUGCGCAAAUGUUUCUGAGGACUUAUGCUGGGCAGAUUUUGGAGUGCCACUUAAAUCUAUUAAAUGUAAUUCGAGUUGGUGGUUUUUUACCCGACAGAGUUACCAACCUCAUUCUUCAGUAUUUAAGCAACAGUAUCUCGAAGAACAGUAUGUACAAUCUGCUGCAACCUCGACUUGAUGUCAUUCUCUUUGAGAUAGUUUUUCCCCUUAUGUGCUUUAAUGAUAGUGAUCAAAAACUUUGGGAUGAAGAUCCUCAUGAGUAUGUGAGAAAGGGUUAUGAUAUCAUUGAAGACUUGUACAGUCCAAGGACAGCAUCCAUGGAUUUUGUCAGUGAGUUGGUUAGGAAACGUGGAAGAGAAAACCUUCAAAGGUUUAUCCAAUUCAUAGUUGAGAUUUUUAGAAGGUAUGACGAAGCGCCUGUAGAAUUCAAGCCCUAUCGACAAAAGGAUGGUGCCCUUCUUGCUAUUGGAGCUCUUUGUGACAAACUGAAACAAACUGAACCAUACAAGUCUGAACUUGAGCGAAUGUUGGUGCAACAUGUUUUCCCUGAGUUUAAUAGUCCGGUUGGCCAUCUUAGGGCCAAGGCUGCGUGGGUUGCCGGACAAUAUGCUCAUAUUAACUUCUCAGACCAGAACAACUUCCGUACGGCUUUGCAUAGUGUUGUCUCUGGGAUGCGGGAUCCAGAGCUUCCUGUUCGUGUUGAUUCAGUUUUUGCAUUGCGUUCUUUUGUUGAGGCUUGCAGAGAGUUGGAUGAAAUUCGUCGAAUUCUUCCUCAAUUGCUUGAUGAGUUUUUCAAACUUAUGAAUGAGAUUGAGAAUGAGGAUUUGGUGUUUACUUUGGAGACUAUAGUGGAUAAAUUUGGGGAGGAGAUGGCACCUUAUGCUCUUGGGUUGUGCCAAAAUUUGGCAGCUGCAUUUUGGAGGUGCAUGAAUACAGCUGAAGCUGAUGAUGAGGCUGAUGAUCCCGGGGCUUUAGCCGCAGUUGGUUGUUUACGUGCUAUUAGCACAAUUCUUGAAACAGUCAGCAGGCUUCCUCACCUUUUCCCUGAAGUUGAGCCAACUUUGCUUCCUAUAAUGCGUAGAAUGUUGACAACUGAUGGCCAAGAGGUUUUUGAAGAAGUUUUGGAGAUUGUGUCAUACAUGACAUUUUUCUCUCCUUCAAUAUCUCUGGAUAUGUGGAGUCUUUGGCCAUUGAUGAUGGAAGCAUUAGCAGAUUGGGCUAUUGAUUUCUUUCCAAAUAUUUUGGUUCCUUUGGACAACUACAUAUCUAGGGGUACUGCACAUUUCCUUGCUUGUAAAGAGCCGGACUACCAGCAAAGUCUUUGGAACAUGAUUUCAACUAUCAUGGCAGAUAAAAAUAUGGAAGACAGUGAUAUUGAGCCAGCUCCAAAACUCAUUCAAGUUGUUUUUCAGAAUUGUAGAGGGCAGGUUGAUCAAUGGGUUGAGCCAUAUCUUAGAAUAGCAGUUGAGCGGUUGCGCCGUUCUGAGAAAUCAUAUCUAAAAUGUCUCCUAAUGCAAGUGAUUGCUGAUGCUCUUUAUUACAAUGCGGCGUUGACACUCAGCAUAUUGCAAUCGUUCGGCGUUGCAACAGAAAUAUUUGGCCUUUGGUUGCAGAUGCUUCAACAAGUUAAAAAGAGUGGUGUGCGAGCUAACUUCAGGAGAGAACAUGACAAGAAAGUAUGCUGCUUGGGAUUGACAUCUUUACUGGCACUUCCAGCCGAUCAGUUAUCAGGGGAUGCCUUGGAGCGUGUUUUCAAGGCGACCCUUGAUCUCCUAGUUGCAUACAAGGAGCAAGUUGCAGAAGCUGCAAAGGAAGAAGAAGCUGAGGAUGAUGAUGAUAUGGAUGGUUUUCAAACUGAUGAUGAUGAUGAAGAUGGUGAUGGAUCUGACAGGGAAAUGGGAGUUGAUGCUGAGGAUGGGGAUGAAGCUGAUAGCAUUAGAUUUCAAAGAUUAGCUGCACAGUUGGUGUUACAGGCGAAGUCUUUCCGACCAACUGAUGACGAUGAUGAAGACUCAGGUGAUGAUUACAGUGACGAUGAGGAGUUGCAAUCUCCACUUGAUGAUGUGGACCCUUUCAUUUUCUUUACAGAUGCGGUCAAUUUGCCCUGUGCCAAAAGCCAUGCAAACAUCAAAUCCGUUGAGGUUCCAGAACCUUAUGCAAACACUCGACUUCCACUAUCAUGCUCUUGCAGAAGGCAUUUCUGAGCAUGCCAAACAGAAGAUAGCAGAAAGAGAGAAUGGCACAACUGCCGGAGCUUCAUAAUUCAUGCACCGUGUGUUACGGCGUGGCUAAAAUUUUGCUUGCUGUUAGGCUUUUGUUUAUUAUUCCAUUCGUGUUGUAAUGGUUUAGAGAAACAGAGUCAUUACCUGUCCAUUCAGAGAUUUGGUUUGUCUGAUGGUCAUGGUUUCCAGUAAGGCCAGAGGAAUUUUAACAUUUCAAGGGAUUUCGCGUUGUGUGAUUGAGUUCCCGGAAAGGUGUGAAAUUCGAGAUCGUGAAAUGCCAGGUGGCACCUCCUCUUGGACUCGAGCUUCGGCAUGGUUGUUGUCUAGUGAGCCGGCUGUUCUACAGCAGUGCAUGCCCGUCUCACCCAGUUUGUGUUAUCCCCUUUUUCUCCUUCCCUUAAUAGUUGCGAGGUUGGACCAUUUCUUUUGGUUGAGAGUUCUUUCUACACAGUGCACAGGGUAUAUUUUAUUUCAAGAACACUAGAAUCCGUUUUCGUUGUCCAGUAGUAUGCUUCUUUCCUUGGUCUGUUAUUUAUUGCCCAUUAUACGAGGGUAUCAUCUAGGGUGGCUGAUGGAUGUAUUUAUUAAUUUUGGGUCUGAGGGUAGCCUAUAAAUUUUUAUCUUUUCAUUUUUUAGGUUAGUCUUUUGAUAUCUGUAAUAUUUGUUUAUUUGAGUUGGGAGUUUUGGCUUCAAAGCAGAAGGCUUCUAAGGGUAGCUUGCUGCUAUUGUAAAACAGUUCAUGCUUAUUCAUUAUAUUCUAUAUUGUGGAUUUAUUGGGGAAA